CAGAAUUUGAGUCUUUCCGGGCAGAAUCUCGAGCAGAAUUUGAUCUUUCCGGGCAGAAUCUCAGUCCUUCAAGAGAGAAAUUGGAUUCAACAAAGAUAUUCAAAAAGCAAAUAGGAAUGUGACAGAGGAAAUUGAAGAACUACGAAAAGAACGCAAUGAUUUGAGAAUAAAGCGACAAAUCGAUGGUGUACCGCGGCUCCUUGAUGGGAGGAACAAUCUCUUUCUCGAUGUCAUGGCAAAAGUCUGGGAAAAGCUUGUCGAGCAAGAGUUCAAAGGGGAGACAGGUCAAUCAGCAGCACAAGACACCGAUACAGCAUUGGAUGAAUAUUUUGGAGACGAAACAGAGUCGGAAACCCAUACAGUGAUGCGCGAUUUGAGGCUGGUCGAGCAACUGACAGAGGACGAGGCCGAGAAAAUUGGAUUCCCCAUGAGCUUUUUUGCAAACUUUAUGCAUCCUUGCCAGAGCAUCAAACCUUCGCGAACUGGAACAAGCAGUUGGGAAUUUGCAGUGCUGUUGGUCCACCGAAAGAAAGACGAGGAGCAUCAAAAAAAAGACGCUCGUUUUGCUAAACAGUUGGGCGCGGAACGUCUGCCAGAAAGGUGGCACAAUUUGCUCCAAGACACGUCAUUUUCUAAUCACUGUGCCGAAUUGUUCCGCUUUGCAUAUGGCAGAAGCGUGGACGAUGUUGCCGCGGACUUUCUCAAGGAUCUGUGAUUUGAUUGAAAGGCUUAAUUGACAUUGUCGCUUGCUUCUGUAACGUAUAUCCUUCCUGAACAAAGGGCGUCCUCUGGUUGCUUGAUAUAAAUAUCUAUUGAAGUCGCGUAGGAUCUCAUAUCCUCGAGCUUUUUCACAAUCCCCUCCGCAUUAGAUUUUUGGUCCAUUUUAAGCACUGGCGUCAAAAUUCUCAGCGAGCCUUUAGCCAGAAAGUGA